CCCUACCAACCGGUGUCCAGUUAUGUUGCCGUGGCGAACGCCGUUCGAAUCGUCUCGUCGCUUGUUUUCAAGACGCGUUAAGUUACGAUAUCCUUCGUAACUUCUUAAGUUCUUGUACGGUAUUACGUUCUGUGUCGUUAACUUCCGAACGGUCGAAGAAAACGAUUGAAAUACGAUCGUGCCACGCGAGUGAUCCAACGAAAUAAUCUUACAUUAGUCUAGUUCGCGCGUGGUAUCGAAUUCGAAAGAGAUAAACAGAUAACGAGAGGGAGAGAGAAAGAGAGAGGGAGAAGCAAGAAAAGGAUUUUUCAUCCUGUCUAAACGUAAUAGCAUCACGUCGAAGUUAAUCUGCAAACGAAGAGGAAGUGAAUAAAUUUUAACGACGAUCGUCACAUUAGGAAAUGGUCCUCGAAUUUCCAGAAUCUGCAAGUGAGUCGUGGCGAAGAAGAAAGAGAACGAAUUCCGAAUAUAAACUGAGUGUUUUGUAAUAUCAAAAAAAAAAAAAAAAAAAAAGAAAUAGAAAUAGCAAAAGAAAAAAAAAAGAAAGAAGAAAUAGAGACAAAAAAAAAAGAACGAACCUAUUCAAUCAUCGAUUAAAACUCGUACGAUCUAUCGAACGAAAGUACAUUUGUAUUAACAAUUCACUCGCAACGAGCUCGAUUGAUGUAAUUAAUCACACAUAAUGUAGCCUGUUAAAUGUGUACAAGUAAAAUAGGAAAUACACGUUGAAGAGAAAACAUGUCGAUCGUUCUUUCAAACACCGAAAACAAAGAGGGUGUAGUAGUAUUACAUUGAAGUAAAAAUAAGAGGUGGAUAAAAAGAAAAAGAAGAAGAAGAAGAAGACGAAGAAGAAGGUGGUGGUGGUGGUGGUGGUGUUGUCGGAGGAGUUGGUGGAGCUGUUGAUGGUGGUAGUGGUUGUUGAGGUGUAGCUGGAGAAGAGAAUAAUUUGUGCUCUGCACGAGCUUCUUUCGUGAAGGCCGAAGGAGAAAGGAGUGGAGUGUCUCGAGACAGGAUGAAGACGUUGGGUGACGUUGUUGCCGAUCCCGUCGACGAGGAGAAGGACAGUACAGAUUCAGGGCAUGGAACUGCCGGCAAAGAAUUUGGUCAGAGAACUCUAAGAUCCUUGAAAAGAGGACUCGGACGAUUGUGGAAGAGACACAGGGGCAAUGCCUCGAUAACCGACUAUGACCCUUGUUAUAAGGUUGCCUAUCUUGGGAAUGUCCUUACUGGAUGGGCCAAGGGCGAAGGAUGCGUCGAAAAGCCAGUGUCAACUUUAUGGCGAAACUACGUGACCAGCAGCAGACCCGAUGUUUCUAUGAGGUUGACGGUGACCAAUGGUGGUUUAACCGCCACUACAAAAGACCAUGGUUUAACAGAAUAUUGGGCUCAUAGGGUUACUUAUUGUACAGCACCAGUGUCACAUCCACGUUUAUUCGUUUGGGUAUACAGACACGAAGGACGUAGACUUAGGCCUGAAUUAAGGUGCCAUGCUGCAUUAUGCAGCAAAGAGUCUACUGCGAGAAGGUUAGCCUCGACUUUGAAUGCUAGGUUACAACAGGCCCUUCUUGAAUUUCGCAGGGACAAGGUCUCUAGGCAAAAUGCUAGAUUGUCCUUGGCCAAUGCUCUCUACGAAAAUCCUUCGUUACCAAGGAGAAAGCUCCUAUUGAGUACAGGUGGCCAGAAUUAUCGACCACCUUUGGAAAGGUCGAAAAGUGCACCGAAACUUUCAGCGAUCGAAGAGGAUGCCGUUGCAGAAGAGAUUGAACAACAAAGACUUCUCGAAGAAUUAAGAACGUUAGAGACUGUAGCUAGAAGCUGGCAAGAUCAAGAUGGCUGGAGAUUGGCACGUCUUUUGGAUGCUCUCAAUCGAGAAUCUUCCGAUGAGAAUGGAAGUAUUUCGAGUGGAUGCGAGACAGCUAGUACAGUAACGAGUGAGGAAAGAACGAUUGGACCUGAGGAUCAUCAAACAACUGGUGAGACAGAGCACCAGGCAAACGCGAGGAUCCUUUAUACAGAGGAAGACGUAGGAAGGGGUACCGGACCACGAAGAAAUUCCGAAGGUUCACCGAAUUUCAUGACGUGUACCGGUAGUCCACGUUUCCAUCGUUGUAACGUUAAACCGAAUCGAAAGAGGUUCUCAUUGAGAAGCGAGGAAGAGGAAUCGAUGGAAGAGGAGGAAGAAGAGGAAACCGAAGACACAGCUUCGAAUCUUUUUGAUUUCGAGGAUGUCGAGGAUUUCGACGAUGUGGUGGAUUACAGACCGAGGGGUGAGAUACUUCGUAGAAUCGAAAAUACGCAGGAAAAGGAAAGGCGAAUAUUAGAGAAAUAUCCAAGCCGAUUGAGCCGUCAAUUGUCACAGAACGAGGAACCUACGUUCUUAACAUUGGAUUCGCUCGACGAGGAAGCCGAUAGCGAUGAAAGUGGUUACGUUGAAGCACCACCUAAAUCAUUUCUUGGACAGGAAGAUAAUAGGAAAGAGGAGAAUAAGUUCGAGAAUUCUAAGAAAGAUCUUGAAGUUAUUGUAGAUAGCAAAUCGAACGAUAAAUCCGACCACAAGGACAAAGAUACGACAAUUGAGAAAAAGAUAGAUGAAAGAAAGCAAUUGGACGUAGAUUCGAAUGAUCCUAUUCACGUAGUCGAUGAUAAUCAAAGAAUUAAAGAUAGAGAACGAGAGAGGGCGGACUUUAUAAAGUGUCCUAUCUCGGAGACGAUCAAGAAGUUAGCCAAUGCCUCGUUAAGAAGCUCCAAAUCAUUGGAAAUCUCGACGAAUAGUUGUUCGAAGGCAUUGAAUAAUCUCAAAACGUCCAAAUCCUUCGAUGGUACCACUAGGAACGAGAACGUCGAAGUCGAGUCACCGAGUUUAUUACAAAGAAAACAAUUGUUGGCCCAGCACGGCGUUAUCGUUUAAAAUAAUGAAAGGAGAGAAGUCUUAUUUUCCUUUCAUUGGAAAAUUUUCUUUUUCUUUUUUUUUUUGUUUUUUUUUCUUUCUUUUUUUUUUGUUUUUUGUUUUUUUUUU